AUGGCGGCCAGGUCUGACAGCGCUGUUCUCAAUAGAGAUAUUCUGAUGUGCUGCCUAUGUCUGGACUUCUACACAAACGCUAAGACGUUACCAUGUCUACACUCUUACUGCGAGGAAUGUUUGGAAAAGCUGGUGGAGAAACGAGGUGAGUUGGUUUGCCCACAAUGUCGAUGCCCUGUUUCAUGUAAUGGGUCGCCUGAAGAAAGCGUUGGCAAACUAAGCUCAAACAGUUUAAUCGACGGGUUGGUCCAGUUUGUGAAGACGUGUGAUGGUUGCGUGGAAAGGGAUUCAUGCGAGGGUUGUACAACUAAUCCCACAAUGAAUCGGUGUCUUGAUUGUGCUUUGAAUCUGUGUACAGCGUGCACUGGAUGUCACUCGGCAAUCAAAGCGACAAAAGGUCACCGAGUCGUCUCUAUGAGCCAAUUUAAACAAACAGGUCCCGAACAGAUGAGAGAAAACCGACCCAGAACGUGCUGCAGCGUGAAUGGUCACGAGUGUAACCUACUUAAAUACCACUGUACUUCGUGUGAUGUUCCGAUAUGUCUGGAGUGCACAAUAAUUGGUCAUCGAGUUCCUGAGCACAAUCACUGUUACCUGGAGGACGUCGCGCCUGGAAUUGUGGGAAAAUUAAAAGAACCAUUGAAGAAGCUCCAAGAAAAAGAGGAAGAAUGUAAGAAGUCUGCCGAGUCGAUCACGUGUGAGCUGGUUGCUAUGGAGAAACUUUACCAAGCUGAAGUCGACAGUGUGACGAGACACGUUUCAGAAAUUAUUGCAAAGGUGAAGAAAAACGGUGAUGAACUAUUGGAAGAUUUAAAGAAGGCAAAGGACCAGGUUUCAAAGCAUUUAGAAUGCGAACUUGAUCGAUACGAGAUAACGGAGAAAAAUAUUGUCAGUACACGUAGUUUCAUCGAUGUGCUGACCAAGUAUGGCGACUACGGUGAAAUAGUUUCGGAAUACAAGAAAGCCAUGUCUAACGUUGAUAAGCUGAUCGGCAGUGACACAGAGCACAGUCCGACAGACAGUUUUGUGAAGUUUCUUCCCAGUAGUGAAAUCUUGGAAACUGCCAUUGGUAGAAUCGACGACGGUAAUCCUCCUGGCAAGGGAACAGUUACUAAAGCACAAGAUAACACGCAUGAUUUAAUUGAAGUAAAAUGGGACAGCAUCAAUAUUGUAUGCUCGUAUUGCAUGGGUUAUGACGGGGUAUUUAGACUGAAGCUUGCUGAGUGCUAUUAA